CCACACUCUCCGUCACUCAUCCUUCUCACCAUCCAGAACACAAUGCCACCGCCCGGCCAAGCCUCAUCCAAACGGGAGAUUGCCUUGAGCUGGCGCGAGGAGGACAUCAUUGCCGCCUGGGAACAGACACCACGAGUGAGGCCUAGCGGCUAUGGUGUGACGGGCUUCGCUUUCCCCCCACAACUUGAACAACCCAUCGCUUACGUUAAGGUUGGCUCCCAAGCUGCACUCCAGCCAGAGCUGCGGAACCAAGAGUAUGUCUGGAAAGCUCUUAAUGAUAUGCCACCAGAUCAGACAAGAGGAAUCCGUACCCCUUGUGUCUACCGCACAUUCCAGAGCGGCCAUUGGUUCUAUAUCGUCAUGGAAUACAUCCCCGGAAAGACACUGCAACAAUUGAUGGACCAGAAGGACUGGAGUGACCCACAAAGAGCUGCUCGGACCAACAGUAUCGCAAGGGCCAUGAGGCUGCUUAUGUCAAUUCCAGUACCUGCAGGGCAAACGCCUGGCCCUGUUGGCGGUGGUCGAAUCCGGCAUUCCCUGUUUAGGGAUGACAUUUCGUAUUGCGUUUACUCAUCAGUCGACGAGCUGGAGAAGCACUUGAACGAUGCGUCCACCAUCAGAUUCAAGACAUCCCCGACUGUUAACCUUGAGAAGAGCCUAUGUUUCUAUUACAGUGACUUCUAUGCUAGCAACUUUAUCUUUACUGAUUCUGGUGAUGUUGCUAUUAUUGACUUCGACCAGGCCGGGUUCCUGCCCCCCAGCUUUAUGUCCUAUGCCUUGGCCGAAAGCCAUUGGGUACCCGGCAUAUGGGUUAGUGACGUGUUGAAGCUUCCUGAUCACAAUCUCGCGGCUAUGAGGCAUAUUCAUUACUAUUUUAUGAUUGGCGGUUCUUCUUUCGGCCUCCCGCGUCGACCUAAGAACGACAGGACACAACUAGAGGGUUGGACUAUUCAGGCUUAUAGACAGCAUUGUGAAUCCUUUCAGGGAAAUUAGGAAGACGAACCAACAUUCCGGGAGUGUAACGCGCUUUCAAGAGCGUCCCUGUCUGGGGCGUCUGCCACAUGUCAUCGGCAGAGGCAGCCCGCAUUGUCAUAGGUGAAGAGGCUGGAAAAUGGGGCUGAGGCAAAUGGUGGUUUCGUUUUUAAUCCCCAUACAUGUAAAAUGUACGUGGCGCCUUCAUACAGUGGUAAACGCUCAAGACCCAGCGUUUGAAGAAAUACAGUGUCAAUAACAGUGGCUGAGGCAAAAUGGAUGAUGCAGCUUUAGCGCUGCGGUGAGAUGAUGUCUAAAAUAGACUUUAGGUACGAGAGAAAAGAAAAGAAGAGGAAAAGAAAGGGUAAUUACAUAUACAUGUGUCUUGCGGGUAGAUGAUGGUGGAGACGUCCUGG